AUGUCUCUUUCCAACAACAACAACAACAACAACAAUAACAGGACUAGUAAUAACAGCACCACCACCACCACCAACAGCAUCACCACAAAAGACAACUCUUCUCUGACAACAUCCUACAAUCCUUCUUCUUCUUCUCUUCAUGAAUAUUCCAAUCAUAAUGACAAUGACAACACUUGUCAAAUCUUGAUGACUCAAAGUUCUUGUCGGCAUCAUCCAUGUCAUCUUCCUUUCAAUGAGAACAAGGAUACUCCCAUAAUGAUGUCAUCAUCGAUGACUCCUCUUUCUUCUCGUCAUUCUCAUCACACUUUUGAAAACAAAUUAAUUUCAAUGAAUCAUCAAAUUGAAACCUUUUCUUCAAAUCAUGUGUUUCGAGAUAAUGAUUCAUUAAAUCCAUCUCGAGAUGCCAUGAAUCACUUGAAUACAACAACAACAACAACAACAAAUUUCAAUGACACACAAGAAUCAUCCGAUAUGGUCAGCAUUACAGUGACCACCACUUCUUCGAAUCGAAGAAAUACGACAACUUCUCCUCUCACUCCUUCUUCGUUAUGUACCACUCCAAAUAGUUCGAGAUGUAACACUCCACACGUGAUGACGAAUCAACAACAACAAGAUUCUUGUUCGAUGGAAGGUUGUAGUAGUAAUAGCUCGAUGGAUGAGAAUGUGAUAUUUAAAUAUAAUGAUGAAAAUGGUGAUGAAAUGACGUGUGGAGAGAUUAAUGUUCAUUCGAUCUCACAACGACAGGAACCAACGAGUAGUGUUGUGACAAGUACUCUCAACAAUUCGCCUCUUUCUCCUCCUUCAAUCCAUGGAAUGUUGACAAUUCAAAAACCAGAGAAAGAGGAUGAUGAUGGAAUAUAUCAACCAAAUUUGAUCAUAAAUUCACAUCUUUCACUCUCUUCGAUGCGUGUGGUGAGGAAUAGAGAAGAAAUUUUGUCACCUUGUGUUGGAAAAAGAUUUCACACCUUGUCUUCAGCAGAUUCAAACAAAGAUGACGAAGAAGAAGAACAGGUUGAUUUGAUUGGAUCAAGAGACAAGAAAGAAUUGGAGAGUGUGGAUGUGAAAAAACGAGCAAGUGAUGUUGAUAAGGCAUCACCAUCGUUAAUCAAUGUCACAGUGACAAAUUCGGAAGAGGUUGUUGAUGAUGCAUCAACUUGUAACGCAAUGGACAACAAGGCGUCGUCGUCUUCUUUAAAGAAUCUUGUACAAAAGAGAGUAUCGAUUUGUGAACCAUUACAUGAAGAACCGCCAUUAGAAUCGAAUUGGAGACGUGAAUCCAUGAGUGAAAAGAGGGACACUGUGAAAAAUGACUCUCAUCUCGAAAAUCUUGCAAUUCCUUCGGCAACCUCAGAAGCAACGAAUAGCAAUGGAAAACCAUUUAAAUUCUUACAAAAGAGACCAUCUUUUAUUAAUCCUCAACUUGUGAAUAUUCUGUUUGCAUCUCUUUUGUCACUUCAAGAUUUGAAACCAUCGGAAAAUCAAGUGGCUGGUCAUGGACAAAAAGAUGGUGAAGAACAUUUAGUGGUUCGUCAUUUGAGAGACAAAAUUUACAAACCAAUCAACCCCAAGUCGAAAAGAGCGUUUGAUGAAGUGAAAUUUUAUGAAACUCAAGCUCCAAAAAUUCCACUUUUGGAACCCUAUUUACCUAAAUACUAUGGAGUGCAGACCGUUCAAGAAAAUGAUCAACAAUUUCUCGUUUUAGAAGAUUUAACAGCUCCGUUUAUAAAUCCAAGUUUAUUGGAUAUUCGAAUGGGAAGAAGAGUGUAUGGUGACGAUGCAAGUCCAGAGAAAAUCAAAAUGUUUGAUGAAAAAUAUAUCUAUCAGAAAGAACUAGGUUUUAGUUUCAGCGGAAUGAAGGUUUAUAACACCACUCCUAAUUUUGCAAGUAUCAACACUAAUCCUGACAUUACGCACAAGGAUGGUAAAUACAAAGUGUACAAUAGAUAUUGGGGAAGAAAUUGUAAACCUGGAGAAGAAUCAGUGAAAGCAUUGGAAGACUUUUUCUUUGAUACUAGCUAUGACAAUGCUGAACAAGUUGGACUCAAAUCCAUGACGAGCAUGUUGAGUCAAUUGAGGCAUUUAGAGGAACUUUUUAAAACACAUCAGCUCAUCUACAGGGUUUAUUCGAGUUCUCUCUUUUUGGUGUUUGAUGACAAUAAGGCCAUUGUGCGAAUGAUUGAUUUUGCACACGUUCACGAGAAUAAGGAACCCUGCGUUGACGAGAACUACUUGUACGGUCUCAGCAUGCUAAUUUAUUAUUUUGAGCAAGUUCUAAAGAGACGUUCGCCGAACACAACCAGUUGUAGUUGUACAAAUGGGGGAGCAGUUAGUGAAUCGAAUAAUACUCAACAUACAUCGACAACGAUUUGA